UCACGUGGAUAUUUUCCUUCUGAUAACUAGAGGUUAAUACUUCAGUAUAACUUGGUACGUGACAUGUUAGUGUUACGAACUCACCUUAGAUAUGGAAAGAUAUCUAAAAAUGCACUAUGCCAAAAUGGUAUAAAUUGCUGAAAGUCAGUAUUCUUUUAAAAUUACCUCAUGUUUCCCAGGGUUCUUGUAAGAGGCUGUAAAAAAUGUAAAUCUUUCGGUUGUUUUUUGAGUUCGUUCUUUAAACCCAAGGAGCUCACAGUUUGCUGGAAAUGUGAGACAUACUGGAGACUUAAGGUCCGCGACUGACUUCGAGAGUGGUCAACUGGUUACUCCUAUAUAAAAGUUUUAGUUUCUGUCUAAUACAAGAAGUUUAGAUCCCUAAAGAUCGUAUGUAUUGAAAUGAGAUAAACAUUAGCAGAUGCUUUAUUUUGUCGCGAUCAGCUCGUCACACGUACAUGAAGAAGAAGGCGUAUAGUCUUUACCUUUUUACACUUCAGUUCGAGCGCUCUUUAAAUCUGAAUGCAGAGGAUGAUGCUGAUCAUUCAGUUUCCCCACGUAGCAGUUAUUCUGCUGCCCUGUUUCUGUAUAAUUAAUUUGGUAGUAAAUUCCUGUUUCGCUGACCUAGAAAAAAACUUUUCAAUAAUGAUGUUGCAUUUUCGAAAUAUAGUAUAACUACAUAUUUACCAGAGACUUCUUUUUUGCUGUCCAUUAGUCCAUGCGGUAGCGUUUUUCAACUGCUUUUACCUUUGAUUAUGAGAUUAAGACAGAUACUUUCUCUUGAAAUUAAACACAGACUUCUCCUUGCUGCAAUGGUGGAAAGCCGGGUAGUAAUGGUAUUCCUGGUGUAAAUGGACUCCCGGGUUCCCCUGGGGCACCCGGCCGUGAUGGUCGUGAUGGAAUCAAAGGAGAACAGUGACUCCCGGGAGACACUGGACCCCAGGGACCUUCUGGGGAGAAAGCAAUGAAAGGAGAGCGUGGUAGGUAGGGUCCUGUCGGGCCCAAAGGAGAUCGAGGAGAGAAAGGUGACAGUGGAAUCCAAGCAGGGCCACAUAACAUGUGUUCGCACUUAAACUGGAAGGAGUGCACGUUUACAAGGGAAGAUGGCAAAGAUACAGGAGAGUUAUACGUAAGUUGUCAGUUAUAUUAUAGUUAUAUGACUGAAUAAAAAUGAAUGAACUCUUAAAUUGUAAAGGUCAGUCCACCGCUAAUUAAGAAAAUUUUACAAAAGCCCAAGCCUGACAGACCGAGUAGUAUGUAUAUUGCAGUAGUAUUUGUCAAUGUGCGUUAGUGUGUUAAGUCGGUGAACUGUACGACCAAUAAACUCAUAUCAUCAUCUUUUUUUUUUUAUAAGCUGUUUAGCCGAAUUCACUUAUAUGAGUUUUAUACAGAUGACUUAGAAUCUGAUCACGCCAAACUUUUGGUGUAACAUAGAUUUCACUCUAAAAGAGGAGUGAAGUUUGCAAGGGUUUGCUCUCCCUCAAGUGGCAUGUACUAUGUAGCUUUAUCCAAACUUACAAGCGGAGCUCUCUUAGUCAGCUUUUAUCAUCUUCACUGAAAAAGCGAUACGGUCAAUUGAUAAGUUAAAAGGAUUCAAGAUCCAAAAAUUUUAGUCGAAAUGUUCAUUUAGUUUCAAUCCUUUAUGUGCCGAGUUCUGUUAGCACUGUCAUAUUUAUCAACUUUCACUCAUUUUUUUAUCUAUCACCAAUCAAUCAUAUCACUCAUUCUAUUUUCCUUGCGGCAGAGCUGUCAGUUCAUGAAGAAUUAUACACAAACGGCUCUCCAUGUCUACUUCGCUGGUAACCUUCGCAUUGCUUCCUGUGACAACUGCUGCAGUCGUUGGUAUUUCACAUUCAAUGGUGCUGAGUGUAGCUCUCCUGGUAGAAUUGAUGGCGCGUACUAUAUGGCAACAGCAGCUGGCAAAAACCUUCACCGUCACCGUCAAAUUGAAGGACACUGCAAUAACAUUCACAAGGGAAGAGUGCGAGUGGGAUUCUGGGUUGGAAACUGCAAUAAUGGCCAUGCACUUGCUGACGCGUACACAGGGUGGACCACAAUGUCCCGGAUCUUCAUUGAAGAAGUGGCGAGAGCACAACAGUAAACUUGACUGACCACACAUGUCCCCAAAGACGCACCUGAUAGCAAAAUUGUCUUAGUUCGUGAUUUUAAAAGAAUUUUAAAUUCUUUAACUCCGUCCUGUUGAUCUGUAUACCUUUAAAAAAACUGAGUUGUAACUAAGAAAAAAAAACAUGAAAAGUUAGAAUUUGUAGAAUGGACUUACCGAUUAAACAA